AUGCCUUCCUCGACGCCACAACACCCAAUUGUCGGGGGUCUCAACGAUGCGCAACGCCGCGCAGUCACAUCUGAUGCGGCCACUGUCGCGAUCCUCGCGGGGCCGGGAAGCGGCAAGACACACACCCUGACGGCCAGGGUGGUGUGGCUGGUCGACCAUGUGGGAUUUCGGCCUGAAGAUGUCAUCGUCGCCACCUUCACCGUUAAGGCCGCCCGCGAAAUGAAGGAGCGCAUCGGGAAGGCCCUGGGCGGUGGCCGCGAGAACAGGAUCGUCCUGGGCACCUUCCACAGCAUUGCGCGCCGCUACCUCGCCGCAUAUGGACGCCACAUCGGGCUCAGCCAGAAAUUCGGCAUUGGCGACGAUGCCGAUUCCAGGGCCAUCAUCGGCCGGAUUUGCCAAAGGCUGCAGCUAGGCAUCGAUCCCGUGGCCGCUCGCGCCUGGAUCAGCAAGAAGAAGGCCAGGGGCACCGACGCCGCCCCAUCCAAGUCUGCGCGCCAGGAGGCCGCCGCCAAGAAUCCCGGGCUGCAGCAUCUCGAGCAGUGCUACCGGGAGUACCAAGACCAGCUGCAGCGGUCGAACCUCCUCGACUACGAUGACCUCUUGGUGCGCUGUGUCGAGCUGCUGCGCAAGUUUCCGGCGUGCGUUUCCAACGUCCAGGCGGUUCUCAUCGACGAGUACCAGGAUACGAACGGCGUCCAGUACGAACUGAUGAAGCUGUUUGCUCAGCGGCACCGGAGGAUCACAAUCGUGGGGGACCCGGACCAGAGCAUCUACGGAUGGCGGUCUGCCGAGAUCAGGAACCUGUGGCGCCUGCUGCGGGAAUUCCCCGACACCGACGAAGUCUCGCUCGAAGAGAACUACCGGUCGUCUCAGUCCAUCCUCGACCUGUCUCUGCUCGUGAUACAGCAGGACAAGAAGCGGUACCAGAAAGCGCUGAAGCCCACGCACAACAAGGGUUCGCGUCCGGUCCUCCGGAAGCUGAAAAGCGCCUCUGCGGAAGCAGACUGGGUUGUCUCGGAGAUCAAGAGGGUGAUGAUGAUGUCGGGCUCGAUGCUGACCCAUGACGACGUCGCGAUAUUACUGCGGUCGGCCGCGCUGUCAAGGCACAUUGAGAGCUCCCUGGGAAAGGCGGGCAUUGCCUACAGGAUGGUGGGCGGCCACAAGUUCUACGACCGCACCGAGAUCAAAAUCCUACUUGAUUAUCUGCGCGUCAUCCACCAGCCGGAGAACAACGACGCACUCGCCAGGAUCCUCAACGUUCCGCAGCGAGGAGUUGGCAAGGUCACCAUUGGACGCCUCCUCGAGGAAGCCGAAACGUCAUCCCUCAGUGUCUGGGCCGUGUUGUGGAAACAUUGCCGGGGAGACCGGAUAGCGAAAACAAAUCUCACAAAGCCAGCCGAGCAGAAGCUCAGUGGCAGCCUCCUUCGUCCGUUGGAAGAUAUCAGGAAGCGGAUUCGAGAAGCAUCCGGGCCCAACGGGACUCCUUUUGGGCUCGUCCAGAUGAUUGAGCAGCUUCUCACCACCCUUAACUUCCAGAAGCACCUCCAGAAGGAGUACGCAGAUGACCAUGAACAGAGGUGGGCAAACGUGGAGGAGUUCAUCAGCCUCGCUGCUGACUUCGUGCGGGAAAUGGGCCGCGCCGAUGACGAUGCUCUGCCGGAGAUUGAAGGCGUCCAGCAGACUAGAGAGGUAGAGGCCUUGCCGCGUUUUCUCGCCACCGUAGCUUUGGCCUCGGACGCCCAGACCGGAGGCGAUAACCAGGACAACAAGCCGCUGGGCCUGGAAUGGCCCGUUGUAUUCGUCCCCGCCGUGUACAAUGGGUCGAUGCCCCACAUGCGCGCGGAAGACGCCGACGAGGAGCGCAGACUGCUGUACGUUGCCAUGACGAGAGCCCAAAGCCUGCUGUAUCUCAGUUAUCCGCUUUCGCCCUUUGUUGAACCCGUCAGCGGUUCCUUCUUGAAGAAAGGACCCUGCUUCGAUCGACCGCGCAAGCUGCCGCCAGAGGAUUCCAUCUUCAAGAACCUGCCUGCCAUGUUCAGCCCCGAGGACAAUCUGUUUCCCGUCGACCCGGAGGAGUCGAGAGAAGGCCAACCCGCGGAGGACGCAUCGCGGGUAAAAAGACCCAGAUUACACGGCCCUUCAGCAGGGCAAGCGCACGGCGAGGAGACCCAAUGGCGGCGGGAGUAUACUACGACUCUGGAACAGUCCUUGGCAUCGACAGUCGCUUCUCUGCCCGGUUUUGUCAGCGUCGGCUCUCAUCAGGCCGCCAUCACUGCUGCGAACGUCCCCUCCGAGCCCGCCCAAAAGGCCGAAAAGAUCAAGCGUUCAAGCAGCCGACGACCCGCGGACCAGAAGAGCAUCGUCGGGUUUGUUCGGACCACUUCUGGCUCUGCUCGUCCAGCCGCAGCCAGGCCCCCAGAAAACGCGAAGCCUAACGACGCGAUUCCCGCUCGAAAACCGUUUGCCGUUCAACAACCUCAAGCAAUCGAUCCGGGUCUCGCCGGGCACAAGUUGGGAAGGGGGAAGUUGAUGACUCGUCCAUCUGUUCCAAACGAAGAGAAAACCGCCAGACAAGCACAGUAUGCCUGCUUUAGCUCGCCGCCCCGGCCGGCCGCAAAAGAAGGUGGCAAAGGGAAUAAGCCGGUGAAACCCAACAAUGUUGAACCGCCACCUCAGCAAACCCGCACUGGGGGCUCUCUACACGCGACGACGUUCAACAUCCCCAAAGGACUUGGCAGCGCUAUUAAGAGACCUACCGGUCUGAGCCUGGAGAGGAUCACGCCGAUUGAGAGAUUGCGUAAGCCGUUCAAGCCAUUGACCAUCAAUCGGUCGUAA